AUAUUUAAGUUGAGAUAAAAUUUCUGUCGUGUACGAAAAAUGUGUCGCUGAUCAUUUGGCAUAAAUUCCAAAUAGUCAAGAUCCUCUUGGAAACCACAAAUCAAUGGAAAAUUAUAAAUCUGAAUAUAAGAACAAUACUAAAGGAUAGCAAAAAAGCUGAGUUUAAGGUAGAAAGAUUAAACGUUUAGAUUCCAUGUAUAUAUCAACAAAGAUUACAAGAAAUUUGAUGCCAGGAUCGACCGCAAAACAUUAAACGGAAAAAAGUUAAAUGUUUCAUUGAUUUUACAAUAUAAAGACCGUUGUGGAAUGAAAUGAAAUUCUUCAGAAUUAAAUCAACCUGUGUUCUUUUUAUCUACAGUAGAAAAACAGUGUUUAAAGUUACGGAAGCGAAUACGUGAACAAACACUAAAAUAAACGCAUUCAGCUAUUGACAAGACUCCAAAUAAAAGUUUUUAUUCAAAUUUAUGAUUACAGUUUCGACCUUUGGGUCAUAUAUAAUAAAUAAUCUUAGUAUAUAAAAUGGAUAAGAAUUUAAUUUCACACAAUACAAUUGAAAAGAACCAAUCUAGUAAGAGUCCCGUAUGUACGAGAAAAAGUGAGAACUCACGAGAGUGUGUUCCAGCCUGUCACUGCUCUCAGACAUACGUAAAUGGAUUACCUCAGAAACUUAUUAAAUGCCCAGUUUGCUUAACAAAUAUUGUGGUUUCAAUCACACAGAAUGAUUUAAAACGUGCAGAAAUGGAAAGACCUGAUAUACCUCAGUUGAGAUUUUCUCGUGAAUUUGUCAAUGGGAAUAGUUUGUCUUUUUGCAACACAUGCAACGGAAAUGAGGCUGAGGUCAAUUGUAUUGAAUGUGACCAGAAUCUAUGUUUUGAAUGUGCUAGGAUCCAUCUUAAAUCGACUGCUACGGUAAGACACCAUAUUACUGGUAUAGUUUCAAAACUGAGCAGUGGAGCGAGUACUCCAAACAGUCCGAAAAAUAAAAACCAUUUAACAAAUGGAGUUUCCGAAGGGAACAUAUCUCCAAGACUACAGACAUUGACACUAGGAUCGCCAACGUCCCCUAACAAUAACAGACAACCCGAACGACGUCUUCCACGUCCGUCACAGCUGGCGAAAGAUAAUGUAUAUCAACGGGGAAAUUCCCCGCGAGUCACAAACGAGAAGACCAAAUUUGAUUUCAAAACACCAACUGUAAUCGGAUGGAAGAAAAAUUUCAGUUUGAUUAAAAAGUUUGAUGUAGAAAGUUAUGUUUUGUCAAUUUGUCCAGCAACAGGGGACCAGUGUUGGAUAGCUGAAGCCAUGUCAUCUGGAAUACACAAAUACAACAGCGAAGGGGAACAUAUCAAAAGUAUAGAUGUUUUCAACGAGGUCCGCGAUAUGACUAUAAAUAAAGCAACGGGUGAUAUAUACGUUUCUUGUUUCACUGCAAAAGUGAUCAAAGUGGUCAACCAAGAAGGAGAAAUAGAUAUAUUUGCUCAGAUGGACAUGCACCCAGCUGGCAUUGGAGUCACAAGUUACGGAGACGUCGUCGUUUGUGCCGUUCAGGAUUUCAGACGACGUCAUAAGCGGGAGCAUCGGAAUCGUCUGCUGGUAUAUUCGCGACAUGGGAUUUUGAAAAAGGAGAUUGAGCGAGAUCAAAAUGGGCGAAUUUUUAGUUAUCCGGAAUAUAUUGAUAUCAAUAUAAAUGGUGACAUGUGUGUUUCGGAUAUUGAAAAUGAAUGCGUGACAAUUCUAGACGAGGACGCACGUGUAAAAUGUGUAUAUAAGGGUCCACCAAAGGGAACUUUGAAUCAAGCCUUUGACCCACGUGAUUUAAAAUGUGAUAAAGACGGCAAUAUAAUUGUUUGUGAUAUAAACAACAACGCCCUACAUUUGCUCAAUGUUUAUGGGGAAUAUCAAAGAGUGCUGAUCUCGGAGAAAGACGAGAUUUAUUGGCCGGAUGUUGUAGGCAUUGAUCAAAGGAAUCACAUUUGGGUUAGGGAACUAUGGCAACAUUCAAUCAAAGUAUAUCAAAAUUUAUAAACUAGAAUCAAACACGUUUGCAGUAUUAAAAUUAGGACAACUUAAUUCAGAGUGAUUUCAAAUAAAAUUUGUAGAGAGAGGAUUGUUCAAAUGCUGUUAGGUAAUUUCAACUUGAAUGAAAAUGAGUUAUUUUAUAAUGUGC